UUUGACCUUGCAACUGAGAGAAAAAGAGAGGAAUCCGUACAGAAACAUGUGGAACUAUAAGUCGACGCCUGAAAAUGUUCCUGAAUUAUUCACUAACGUCGCUGUUAUCGGCUGUCAACAACUGAAAUUGAAUGAAGAAUUCGUUCCUCCGAUUUUUAACAAUUAUUAAUUUUAAUAAAUUCAAUAAAACCCUCAUGGAAUUAGUACGACAUGAAAUGAUCAAACAUGGAAAUGGCUUUUAAAAAAACGUCAUACAAAUUUUUGUAUUCGCUAAGCAAGUGCAUAGUUAACAGAAGUUAUACACGUAACACGAAAAAAUGUGCUGACAUAUUUCCAAAAAAGUACUACUCCACAGAGGGCCAAGAACCAAAAGAGCACCAGGUGCCAGUCGAGAAUAUAAGGAAUUUCAGUAUAAUAGCUCACAUAGACCAUGGCAAAAGUACGUUGGCGGAUAGACUUCUGGAGAUGACAGGAGCUAUAAAGGCAAAUUCUGGCCAUCAAGUUUUAGAUAAAUUACAAGUUGAGAAAGAACGAGGUAUAACAGUAAAGGCUCAGACAGCUUCAUUGAAAUAUAUUUACAAGGAUACAGAAUAUCUGUUGAAUCUGAUCGAUACACCGGGUCAUGUUGAUUUUGCUACGGAAGUCCAUAGAUCAUUGGCUCCUUGUCAAGGUGUAAUUUUGCUAAUUGACGCAAACGAAGGUGUACAAGCGCAAACGGUGGCAAAUUUUUAUUUAGCAUUUGGUAGAGAUCUUGUCAUCAUACCAGUUAUGAAUAAAGUAGACUUGAAAAAUGCAAAUCCGGAACGAGUGUCGAAACAGCUGACAGCUUUAUUUGAAUUUGAGAACAGUGAAAUUCUCAGAAUAUCCGCUAAGCUUGGUACUGGAGUGGAAAAAGUGUUGCAAGCUGUGAUAGAAAAAAUCCCACCUCCGCCAGUACUGCGAGACAAGCCCCUGAAAGCUCUGAUUUUUGACAGCUGGUUUGAUAAAUACAAAGGUGCGAUUGCGCUCAUAUAUUUAAUUCAAGGUUCUGUUUCUCUGAAAGAUGUCAUCACAUCUGCACACAGUGGCAAAUCCUAUGAAGUUAAAUCUCUUUACAUGUUAAAACCUCAUCUGGAAGACAUCAAAACACUAUAUGCGGGUCAAGUUGGAUGUCUGGCCUGCAAUAUGCGAUCUUCUGCAGAAGCACACAUCGGUGACACGCUUCAUUUAAAGAGCAUACCUGUGGAACCAUUUACAAAAUUCGAACCAGCAAAACCAAUGGUUUUCGCUGGUGUUUAUCCAAUGGACCAAAGUCAGCACGUUGCUUUGCGCGGGGCGAUCGAGAAAUUAAUCCUGAAUGAUAGCGCGGUCACAGCCUGCAUGGAGAGUAGCCCUGCUCUUGGACAGGGAUGGCGUCUAGGAUUUUUGGGAAUGUUGCAUAUGGAAGUAUUCUCUCAAAGACUGGAGCAAGAAUACGGAGCUGAAGCAAUCGUAACUGCUCCAGGUGUUACCUACAAAGCAAAAAUGUUGGGAACUAAGAAUAUUAAACAGUACGGUGAAGAAUUCAUAUUCAACAAUCCAACACAUUUUCCUGGAACUCAAAUUGUUGAGCAAUAUUACGAACCCAUAGUACUCGGUACUAUUAUUACUCCAGAUAAAUAUCUGGGAGCUGUAAUGUCGCUGUGCUUGGAGAGGAGAGGUGUUCAACAAUCGUCACAAAACAUUGACAACGAACGAAUAAUGUUACAAUAUAUACUGCCAUUGAAUGAAAUAAUCGUCGAUUUUCACGAUACAUUGAAGUCAAUGUCGUCCGGUUAUGCAAGUUUCGAUUACGAGAAUCAGGGUUGGGUACCAUCGGAAAUCGUAAAAGUGGAGAUACACUUGAAUGGCACAUUGGUCGAGGAAUUGAGUACAAUAGUACAUUGUUCACGAGCGAGGGAAAUGGGAAAACGAAUGUGUGCGAAACUCGUCGAAAUUAUUCCAAGACAACAAUUCGUUAUAGCAAUCCAAGCGAAAGUUGGCGCUAAAAUAUUGGCGAGAGAAACAUUGAAAGCGUUCAGAAAAGAUGUCACUGCGAAAUUGUACGGUGGCGAUGUCACAAGACGAAUGAAAUUACUCGCAAAACAAGCUGCGGGCAAAAGGAGAAUGAGAAUGGUUGGAACUAUUCCUCUGCCGCGGGAAACAUUCAUCGAUGUACUAAAGAAAUAAAAUAUGCUGAAAUGAG